AAAGACGACUCUCACUUUCCAGGAAUAUGCAUGGCAGUAGCAUGUAUCAUAAAGGAGAGGAACAAACAUAAUUAUGUGUGGAAUUCAGAGCAUAAUAUCAUUGAUCCUAUUCAGGUCUUGUACCGAGAAAAAGGUAUACACACGUCUGAACCAAGUAGGUGUUGCCGUCAGCUAUGAUACAACCAUCUCCACCAUCGGCAAAAUCGCCAAGCUUCAUCAAGUUCCGAUCAAAGACUGGCUAAGUACGGGCACUGACAUCAAGUUAGUUGGCGACAAUGUCGAUAAGAACGUUAGGGUACGUGACAUUAGAUCAGACCAUAGAGGUGAGAUGGUACACAUGUACAGUAUGCUUGUGGUCAAAAGCUGAGUUCAAUCAGCUGGUCUUUCAACAGCGAGUAGAGCGAGUAAUCUCACAGACUGCUCAGCAUUGCAUUUUUUACCAUCCAAACAUGAUCUGGAUGAAAUUAGGGGAGACCUGGUAAUUCUUGUCAGUCGUAUUCUGUGCAAGUACAUCAAACCAUUGAAACCUCUAUUGUCAUCAUGAUCAGUCGACAAACACAUUACACACCAAUAUUCCACUGAAAUGGCCUUACCAUCUGAUGUACAUGUCGUUGAUGUUUUGAUGAAAAAUGAGAACAGUAGUGCUGAUAUGAUUGAGAUAAUGCAACAUCAACAGAGCUUCAUUCCAGAAAACUUUCCCAAGGGACAUCGGAUCAUGUCUGGAGGAGACCACCUGACUUGUGAGAGGCAAAUAGCAGCUCAGCACCACCUUAGUGAUGGGGACACACAGAGGGAACACCUGGAGCUAAUAGAGCCUCAAGUUGAGGAUUGGCACGCAUUAAUGAAUUUCAUGUUGGGUAUUUGGAAGAAAUUGUUCAAAGACUCAGCACGAGACCAUGGCACCCUGAGACAGCUCUGUGGUCUUCUUGGCCGGCACCCAGCAGCGAAGGACCCUAAAAAGGAUAUGAAUGCCUGUGUUGAUUUCCUGAUGGCUGUGGUGAAGGGUCACUAUAUUGCUGCGGCUUGUCUGAUUCUUGGAAUCGAAGCCCCAGUCAGAGAUUGCCAAUAUACCAAACCCCAAUGUAAGAGCGUGGUGGACAAGUGUGGACUAGUUGAUAAUGCACUCCUUUUAAAAGAUGACGCAACCGAAGAUGAACAUAAGGAUGGUAUACACAGUUAUAAUUGUCUAUGCCAUUUUGCAUCUUUGGUGAUCGAAUUUCUAGAUGCAUGGUCAGAAGGUGAUGGCGACCGAAUAUGCAGAUGUUGGAAGAUCUUUAUGCUCCAUUUUCAUGAAGGAAAGCAGACGAAGUACGCAUUACAAGCGUUGCGUAUUCAGUUUCAACUGGUUGAACUUUCACCUUCAUUAGCACAUCAACUUAAAUGGAAUCGUUUCGUAAAUUACAAAGGAGGUAGAGGAACAAACAUACCGUGUGAUCUGCACAAUGAACACAUAAAUAGAAGCGUGAAAGGUAUUAUUAACCAUAUGGGUGCACCUAAGUGAGAGUGCUGUUAGACGAGCUGGUCACAAUGAUUGAAGAUAUUAUUAAUAACUUUGACAAGUGUACUAAUGUUCCAUACCAGAGUAGUACUCACUCAACACGAAGCGAUGAAAAAGAUGUUAUGAAAAUAGUAGGUGUUGUGAAACGAAACAAGCUGCUUCAUUUCAUUCCAGGUCGUGCUCAUGCUGCAUACCCAUCAAUGACCUCAAAUCCUCUGUCCCACUUGAAAAAACAACAUAUGCUGCAUUGGAUAGUAAACAAACAAUGUGCAAGGAUUAAUUGGGAAUGUGUAUUUGGAGCAGAAAAUGUAGAAGAAGAAGAUAACGAUAAUGACACAUAAUUAUUAACUCGUGUAUUUGUAAUUACAGACCAUUAAAUUUUCUAUUAACAAUUCAACACACCAACUGUUCACAAUGUCUUCACCAU